AGCUAGCCAGCUCCUUCCUCCCCUUUCCUAGCUGGGCCUCUUCCGGGCCCCCCACACUCACGGAGCUGGGGACGCGGCAGUAUUCUGGAGCUCGCCUCGGACCCUGGUCUGGGAAAUGAUCAGUACCUUUAAGGAGGAGGCCAGAGGCCUGGCCACUUCUCCUGCUUCACCAUCCACGCAGGGCUUGGGCACUAAUUGUGGAGAUGUCCUGGACACAGAAUCCUCCAAGAAGACAGUUAAGAAGCCUUUGGAUUCCUAUGGAUUGGGUGAUCCUGCUGCUAAGUUCUCCCAGAGGAGCCCAUACCUCUCUUCUCGAGGAAGUAUCAUCAAAUGUUUUCGGGAUGCAGCUGAGGAAGGUUAUAAGGCCUACCAUUUGGAUGAAUAUGAUGAGGACAAGAACCCUAAUGGGAUUAUUAACUUUGGUACCAGCGAGAACAAGCUCUGCUUUGACCUUCUGUCCAGCCGGCUGAAUCAGAAGGACAUGCACCAUAUCAAGCCUCCCCUGUUGCAGUACCCUGACUGGAAAGGACACAUGUGCCUUCAGAAUGAAAUAGCUCGGUUCCUGUCCUACUAUUGCAAGGCCCCUGCUCCCCUCAAACCAGAGAAUGUGGUUGUGGCGAAUGGCUGUGCCUCCCUCUUCUCUGCCUUGGCCACAGUCCUGUGUGAUCCAGGGGAGGCGUUUCUGAUCUCCAGCCCCUAUUACGGGGCCAUCUCUCAACACUUGUAUCUCUAUGGGAAUGUUCGGCUUGUCUUUGCCUACCUAGACAGCAGGGUCACUGGGAUGGACAGCCGCCCCUUCCAACUUACAGUCAAGAAGCUGGAAGUAGCCCUUCAGGGAGCCAAAUCUGAGGGAAUAAACGUCAAAGGCCUUAUUCUCAUCAACCCCCAGAACCCUCUGGGUGACAUCUACUCUCAGGAACAGCUGCAGGAGUACCUGGAAUUUGCAAAGAGGCACGAGCUACAUGUGAUAGUGGAUGAAGUCUACAUGCUGUCAGUUUUUGAUGAAGCCGCCAUAUUCCAAAGUGUCCUGGGCAUGGACAGGCUUCCAGAUCCCCAGAGGACCCACGUGAUAUGGGGGACCAGUAAGGACUUUGGGAUCUCAGGCUUUCGCUUUGGCGCCCUAUACACAGAGAACCAGGAUGUAGCCAAUGCUGUGGCUUCUCUUGGCUGUCUGCAUGGUGUCUGCGGCACCGUUCAGUACCAGAUGGCCCAGCUGCUUGGGGACCGAGACUGGAUCAACCAGGUAUACCUAUGUGAAAACCAUGCCCGACUCAGGGCUGCGCAUGCCUAUAUCACAAAGGAGCUGGAGACCCUGAACAUCCCCUUCCUCAGGACCAAAGCCGGUUUCUUUGUCUGGAUGGAUUUGAGAAAGUACCUGUGCACCGGCACCUUUGAGGAGGAGUUCUCUUUGUGGCGGCACUUCCUAGACCACAAGGGUACUUCUGCUCUGUGGCAAGGCCUUUGAGUGCCACGACCUGGCUGGUUCCGUCUAGUCUUCUCAGACAAGAUUCAUAGGCUACAGUUGGGCAUGCAGCGGAUUCGUGGAGGUACUUGAGAAGGUGCCCCUCGGGCCCAAGACCCCCUUCACCUGCUAGCUCCUGAGGUGAGGUGGCCUUUGACUCAGCCCAAGGAACUGGAUGCUAGAUGCAGGCUGGAAACCAGACUCUUUGGACUCUCACUGUACGCAGGAAAGUAAGCAAAACAGAGAGAAGCGGAGGAGUCCUGGGCAAGAGGUUGUACUUUGGACCGUUAGGGGCCUCCCUCUGCCACAGAUAUAUUCUUUUGCUUCUGCCCAAGCAGAAUGUGCAGGAAACUCCUUGACAAAGCCGGCUUCUGCCCAUCUCCCUGGGAGGCCUCAGCCCCUUCUUGAAAUAUGGAGUGGAAAUAAAGGUUUUCUUUUUUAGUA